UGGGCUUCAGUAAUCGAUACAUGAUAACCAAGAGCGAAGACGCGUCGAGCGUUGCAUGACUAGGUCCGGUCGUAACUUGGGGGAGGAAUUUUCCGAGCCAACGGUAGCUGGCCAUUGGCCGGUGAUUGGCGGAGGGUAAAAUAGCGUGGACAAAGCGGCGAACCCUGGGAGCGGGAGAAGUCGGCGAGGCGGCAUUCGAGGGUCGAGUUAUGCCGGGUGAGGAUUGAGGAGAAGCUGUAGGAGUGUCGCGAGUAUCAUCGGCAGCAGUCGCUUCUGCGGGGCAAUUUGUCCGUCGAGUGCGCGUUAAUCAAUACGGGACCAGUCCGUAGAAAUUCCGUUUUCCAGCCGCGACCUCUGACCUGCAGGAUAAGACAGGAGAGCAAUGGCUGACUACGUGUUCGACGCCACGAGGCAGGACGUCCCUGAAGAUGGGCUGACCGCCGAACAGCUUUUCGCCGCUGGCGACGGCCUGACCUACAACGACUUCAUCAUCCUCCCCGGGUACAUCGACUUCACCGCGGACCAGGUCGACCUUUCGUCCCCGUUGACCAGGGGGAUCACCCUGAAGGCUCCGUUGGUAUCAACGCCUAUGGAUACGGUGACGGAGUCGGACAUGGCCAUCGCCAUGGCGCUCUCCGGCGGCAUUGGGAUCAUACACCACAAUUGUUCGCCCGAGUACCAAGCGACGGAGGUGCAGAAGGUGAAGAAGUACAAGCACGGAUUCAUACGGGACCCGGUCGUUCUGUCGCCUGAUCAUACGGUGGCCGAUGUGCUGAGGGUCAAGGCGACGCACGGGUUCUCCGGGGUGCCGAUAACGGAGAGUGGGAAGAUCGGGAGUCGGCUGGUCGGCAUCGUGACCUCUAAGGACAUCGACUUCAUGGAGGACGUUGCGACUCAGCAGGGCGAGAGACUGGAGAGCGUGAUGACCAGAUUGAAGGACCUGAUCACCGCGCCCGCUGGAGUUACUCUUCAGGAGGCCAACUCCAUCCUGGAGAUGUCGAAGAAGGGGAAACUCCCGAUAGUCAACGAGGGUGGCGAGCUCGUGUUCCUGAUGGCACGGACUGACCUCAAAAAGAACAGGAGCUACCCGAACGCCAGUAAGGAUGAGAACAAGCAGCUGCUUGUCGGCGCCGCGAUCGGAUCGAGGGACGAAGACAAAGAGAGACUCAAGUGCCUCGCUUCGGCCGGGGUGGACGUUGUCGUCCUCGACUCUUCCCAAGGGAACUCAAAAUUCCAAAUCGAAAUGCUGAGGUACGUAAAAUCCGCGUAUCCAGAGCUCGAGGUCAUCGCUGGGAAUGUCGUCACCUGCGCCCAGGCAAAGAACCUGAUCGAGGCUGGAGCCGACGGACUAAGAGUAGGGAUGGGCUCGGGCUCGAUCUGCAUCACCCAGGAGGUGAUGGCCGCCGGUAGGCCGCAGGCUACCGCCGUCUACAAGGUUUCGGAGUACGCGAAGAGGUUCGGGGUCCCGGUUAUCGCCGACGGAGGGAUCCAGUCCAUUGGGCACAUCAUCAAGGGCCUUUGUCUCGGCGCGAGCACAGUGAUGAUGGGAUCCCUACUCGCCGGAACCUCCGAGGCACCUGGAGAAUACUUCUUCAGCGAUGGAGUCCGGCUGAAAAAAUACCGGGGAAUGGGCUCCCUGGAAGCCAUGGAGCGUCGGGACACCAGGGGAUCUGCAAUGGACAGGUACUACCACAACGAGAUGGACAAGCUGAGGGUCGCUCAGGGUGUCAGCGGGUCCAUCGUCGACAAGGGUUCUGUCCUCAAGUUUUUGCCCUACCUGCAAUGCGGGAUCAAACACGGCUGCCAGGACAUUGGUGCCAGGUCUGUUUCCGCCUUGAGAUCGAUGAUGUACAACGGGGAGAUCAGGUUCGAAAGGAGAACCCAGUCUGCGCAGCUUGAGGGCAAUGUUCAUGGUCUCUUCUCGCACGAGAAGCGAAUCUUCUAGACCUUUUUAUCAGUGCCAAAUAUCAAAGUCAUGCAUGAAACUUUGUGGCGAACGCGGAAACAUGCAUGUAGAAUUGAUUGAUCCUGCGUAUCGGUUGCAGUCUUCACUCAAGUUGUGGAGAAAAUUAUUAGUCGAUAUAUUUCAUCAGCGAGUACUAACGGCGGUACGAAGCCAACAUGGCCGCCGUUUACACACUUGCGAUUUUAUUCCGAGUUCACGAUCACUUUCAGCAGUCAACGGUAAUAGAGAAACAUUGAAAGCGAAAGAAAAUUCGGCAUAAAUAGUUUACAUGUGAUUUUAACUUUGAUGAAAGCUUAACAAUUGAGAUUUUAACUCGUGAAAUUUACUCAUAUACGUGCGUGGUCACGUGUUGCCUACAAUUUGUUCUUAAUAAAUGUGAAACUAGUUGUUUUUCUGGUCAUAUCUUGAAUAUUUUUACAUCAAAUUGAAUUUCAUGUCAUUUUUACAAGAGAAAAAAUGCCGAAGUAUUUUGUACUGAAAAUUUUUAUUCAUAUCUCGUUUUCCAUUGUUAAUAAUCUUAUUGUAAUACUGACCGGUCAUCACAUAUGACGUCCAUUGCUAGAAUUGCUAUUCUAUCAGACCGUGCAUAGAGUGUAACCGUUAUUAAUGACAUGAUAAUAUGUAACUAUGUUCAAGCCUAAACCUGAAAUGUACCUGCAUUAAUAUUAAACAGAUAUCGUGUCAAAACAUAGCAUCGGUGCUGACAAUGAGUGCACCAUAUAUUUUACACAAUUGUAAUCAAACGCGUACGCGGAAUUCUCCCAUUCUAUAGGUAUGCAUACGUGUAAACUGUAAGUACCAACAAUAAAAAUAUUGAACGAUU